UUCUUUGUGCCGGACUGGGCCCACUAUACAUUCUGCUUUGUCCGUAAAUAGUAGAAAAAACUUGUUUGACUGGAAAUUAGGGUGAAAUACUGACUGAGGAGGUGUAAAACUUGGCAUUUUGUUUAGUAUAAAACUUGUCCUGAACAAAUUACGUAGGGUCCAGCGUAGUAACAACAACUUUUUGCUUGUUUUGUUUGUCUAAUUUUUUUGAAAAAUGCAUCCAUGUUGUGGGAACGACCUACAGCGAGGAACGAAGAUAAUCGGAAUUGUAGAAAUCGUUUGGUAUGCUCUACAACUCUUCUUCGUUGUAAUCGCUUUGGUCUUCAUGGUUGUUUUGGGGGUAUUUGCUGUGAACGAGUCCAAUAAACAGGGUGAAAAUACAAAUGACGAAAAUGACAAACCUCCGGUGGCAGUCCUGGUAGCUGGACUCGCAGUGCUAGGGAUUGUUAUGCUAAUCUCUUGUCUCACCAUCACAAUUUCUAUCAUUUUUGGAGUAAUUCUGCUCAAGGGAUCUAACCAGAGAGAAAUUGGAAAAUGCAAAGCCUGGAUGAUCUUCCGAUGUGUCAUGUGGGUCCUGUCCCUACUUUCGCUUUUGGCCGGUUUUGUUCCUGGCUUGUGGGAAGUGCUAGUGAGUCCGUACUUUAUUUGGGUCACCUACACUUUCAUCCAGGAACUGAAGAACGAAUCGCCACGAAGCGAGGGUGUCGUUUACCAUCAGGCCCAAAAGGUCUGAGUUUCUAAUUUUAUACGCUCCUUGCAGGGUGACCACUUUAAUAAGCUGAACCUCUUUUUAAAUAAUCGGAAAUAUGAUUGGAUAGUAUGAACACUUUAUGUUCUCUAAGCAGUAUUCGUACUUAUUAUCUUCUUUGUUACUCUUAUUAGUAGGAUGGCAUUUAUAAAUAUCUACAUGUAAUGAAUUUGAGAACGUUAAAUCCUCGAUUUGAAUGAUUUGUAUGCUUAUAUAAUGUGUAUAUAUAUCAUGAGCAAUAUUGCCUUUGACAAUAAAAAUUAAAUGCCACCAAAAAGGAAA